AUGGCAACCGGCACCCGUAUCUGGAAACACCGAUUCGUGGAUAUUGGUACUGUCACUGCACAGCAAGCAAAGGAUUGGGGAUUUAGUGGUGUAAUGUUAAGAGGUCGUGCCACUCACCCCCAAGUGAGUUCUCGUGAACUUACUUAUCAUAUGGAUUAUGUGAUAUUAUAUGUGUAUGCUACACAACUGAAGGUCCUAGUGCAGACCAUUGAAAGUCCUUGUGUGGGUAGGUGGUCAACCACUGAAGGUCCCAAUGUGGAAACCUGUGGACAUGCUUCUAACCAGUCUGUUGAAAUUGGAGGAAUUAUUUGGGCAAGAUCUUCUGAUGAAGACGCUUUGGAUGAAGAGAUUGUCACUUAUGAUAAACCACUUGAGACAAAUAGUUAUCCUUCAAAACCUUCACAAACCUCCAAAAUUGCUUCUGUCUCAUUUACAAAAAAAUUCAUCUUAGAACCAAAAAGUGUUUCAACUUCUGUUAAUUCGAAUUCAAGCGACAUUUGUUCCACUGUCCCAAUUGUCUUUAGUAUCUCUAACCAUGUAGAAGAUGAAAGUUAUGUAACUAUGAAAUAA